GGUGGCGGUAAUGCCCCUCACUUUUGGUUUGCCAAGCUAAUUUAAGCCAGAGAAGAACACAAAGCAUCACAUUUGGAGAGAGAAGUACCCCACGGUUGGGUUUCUUUUUUAUGUUAUUCUUAAUUAAACAAAAAUAUUUCGCUUCUUUUUGUAAAGCAGCUAAUAAUAACUGUGGGUUACCAAACAUUGUUCUUCAACGGUCAUUUAAAAGUGACCGUGCCGCCGUUAUUUACCUGUCGCAAUAACGCCAUUAGCACGACUUUACUGCGUGCCGCUACUUGAGAUACUUUCAUCUGGAACAAAAAAAACACCUUGGAAGUCAUUAAAGUCCUCGGUGUUGUGUUGGUCCGCGGCCGAGAAUGUACCGACAGAAACCAAGUCUGAAAGACCGGCAGCACCUGUACAGGCUCAUCGUUAGCCAGCUGCUACACGACGGCUACACCAGCAUCGCCAACAACCUCAUCAAUGAGGUCAAACCUCAAGGUGUGGUGGCGCCGUCCGAGCAGCUCAUGCACCUGGCAAAAAUGGGUAUGGAGAACGAUGACAGUGCUGUCCAGUACGCCAUCGGGCGCUCCGACACGGUCGCACCCGGCGUGGGAAUCGACCUGGAAUUCGAUGCGGAUGUCCAGACCAUGUCUCCGGAGGCGUCCGAGUACGAGACGUGCUACGUCACGUCCCACAAAGGGCCGUGCCGGGUGGCGACGUACAGUCGUGACGGCCAGCUGAUCGCCACUGGGUCCGCUGAUGCGUCCAUCAAGAUCCUGGACACCGAGCGGAUGCUGGCAAAAAGUGCCAUGCCCAUUGAGAUUAUGAUGAACGAGACGGCUCAGCAGAACAUGGAGAACCACCCUGUGAUCCGAACGCUGUACGACCACGUGGACGAAGUCACCUGCCUCGCCUUCCAUCCCACCGAACAAAUUCUUGCUUCCGGCUCAAGAGAUUACACCCUCAAACUCUUCGAUUACUCCAAGCCAUCUGCAAAAAGAGCAUUCAAAUACGUACAGGAAGCAGAAAUGCUGCGCGCCAUUUCGUUUCACCCAUCUGGAGACUUCCUGCUGGUGGGAACACAGCAUCCUACCCUCCGUCUGUAUGACGCCAACACCUUUCAGUGUUUUGUGUCGGGUAACCCCACGGACCAGCACACGGACACCAUCAGCGGCGUCAGCUACAACCCGACAGCCAACAGCUAUGUCUCCUGCAGCAAGGAUGGCAGCAUCAAACUGUGGGACGGCGUCUCUAACCGCUGCGUGAGCACCUUUGAGAAAGCCCAUGAUGGAGCCGAGGUCUGCUCGGCCGUCUUCACAAAGAACUCCAAGUACAUCCUUUCCAGCGGGAAGGACUCCGUGGUCAAACUGUGGGAGAUCUCGACAGGCCGAACGCUUGUCAAAUACACAGGUGCUGGUCUGAGUGGCCGUCAGAUGCAUCGCACACAAGGCGUGUUCAACCACACAGAGGACUACGUUCUCCUGCCUGACGAGCGCACUAUUAGCCUGUGCUGCUGGGACUCGCGCACAGCUGAGAGGAAGAACCUGCUGUCUUUGGGUCACAACAACAUCGUGCGCUGCAUCGUCCACUCGCCCACCAAUCCCGGCUUCAUGACCUGCAGCGACGAUUUCAGGGCUCGCUUCUGGUACAGACGCACCACCACGGACUGAUGUGCACCUCACAGUUAGUUUUUUAUUUACAUUCUGAAAAUACAAUGAAACUAGAACAACUCACCUGACAUCGUAGUUCAACCUUACCCCGACAUUCAAACAUGUUUAUUUUGGACAAUGUUCAUUACCAAACCCAAUACCAGUGAAGUUGGCACAUUGUGUAAUUGGUAAAUAAAAACAGAAUACAAUGAUUUGUAAAUCCUUUUUAACUUAUAUUCAAAUGAAUACACUGCAAAUAUAUUUAAUGUUCAAACCACAAAUAAUCAUCAACUUAGAAUUUAAUGUCCACAGUUUCCAAAAGCAAUUUGAAAUGUGGACUUGUCAGACCACAAAACACUUUUCCACCUUGCAUCAGUCUAUCUUCGAUGAGUUUGGCCCCAGCAAAGCCAGCAACGUUUCUGGGUGUUGUUGAUAAAUUGCUUUCGCUUUGCAUAGUCAAGUUUUAACUUGCACUGACAGAUGUAGUGACAAACUGUAAUUACUAACAGUGGUUUUCUGAAGUGUUCCUGAGCCCAAUUUGGUGAAAUCAUUUACACACUGAUGUUGAUUUCUCCAGAUUCUCUGAACCUUUUGGUGAUAUUACAGACUUUAGAUGGUGAAAUCCCUAAAUUCCUUGCCAUAGCUCGUUGAGAAAUGUUGUUCUUAAACUGUUCGACAAUUUGCUCACGCGUUCGUUCACAAAGUGGUGACCCUCGCCCCAUCCUUGUUUGUGAAUGACUGAGCAUUUCAUGGAAGCUGCUUUUAUACCCAAUCAUGGCACCCGACUGUUCACAAUUAGCCUGCACACCUGUGGAAUGUUCCAAAUAAGUGUUUGAUGAGCAUUCCUCAACUUGUGCAAGCUUUUUUGAAACAUGUUGCAGGCAUUAAAUUCCAAAUGAGCUAAUAUAAAAAAAUAAGAGUUUUCCAGUUCAAACGUUAAGUAUCUUGUCUUAGCAGUCUAUUCAAUUAAAUAUAAGUUAAAAAUGAUUAGCAAAUCAUUGUAUUUUCUUUUUAUUUACAAUUUACACCAUGUGCCAACUUCACUGGUUUUGGGUUUUGUACAUUAUUUCCACUCUUUUUCUCCGACUCAUGUUUAUCUUUUAGUCCUUUACCAUGGUUUUCAAUAAAAAGCUUUUUUACUGCA